AUGCAGUGUUCACCUCUACCUCAUUUUCCUCCCUUCUGCCCAUCUUUCAAGCGACACCGGUCCAGUAUCGACAACUCGAGAUUUGCGACAAACCUGACUUUGCCCAAACCAAUUGCUGCGCCCUUGUGGGCACCUCUUCCUUCACCUCCCAUGUCCGGAUCGCCCCCACCGGAGCCCCCUACUGAUCCUCCUCAGAUUGCUGGUCGACGGCGAAAGCGCUCUCUCACUCCUCCAGCGACGACAGCCCCUGCCCUCACCUCUCCUGCUCUCACGUCUUCGGAACAGACCGCAUCAGUGUUAGGCACUCGAGCAAGAGGUGGUGAAAUACUCACGCAAUUGGUACCUCAGCCUGGGCCAUACGCCUCUACGUCUUACCGACCAAGUUCUAGUACCUCAACCGUGGCGGUCACCGAUCCUGAAUUUUUGUCGCAAAGUCCCAUUUCUCCGAGGGCGACGAGGAAACCCAAGCCGCAUGUUACUUCUGCUUGUGUAAAUUGUAAGAGGAAACACCUGAGAUGUGAUGAAAGCCGUCCCUGCCGACGGUGUGUCCAAAGUGGUAAAGAA